AUGCGCGUCUCAUCAGUGUUUGCAGUACUUGAAGCUGCUUCGGCAGUAGUAGCAGGUCCGGUAGCUCGGUCGACAUAUUCAAUCAAAGGUUCACAUCCCGCUCCAAGAGGAUGGCGCCAGCUGGACCGAGCUCCAGCUGAUCACACAUUAGAGUUACGCCUGGGUCUAACUCAAGGAGACUUUGCUGGCCUUGAAAAGCACCUCUUCGAAGCUAGCGAUCCGCAACACCGCAAGUAUGGUCAGCACCUUUCAGCAGAGGCUGUCCACGACUUCGUCAGGCCUGCAAAAGAAGCAUCAGAUGCGGUUCAUGAGUGGCUCUUUGCAAAUGGUAUCCUACCGAAGGAUAUUGCGUACACUCCUGCAAAGGACUGGCUCAAGGUUAUACUCCCGGUUGGAAAAGUGGAAGAGUUGCUUGACACCACCUACCACGUUUACGUCAGUGACGACGGACGAAGUGCGGUCAGGACUCCAGAGUGGUCACUACCUCUUCACCUCCACCAUUAUGUGUCCACAAUCCAGCCCACCAACUCAUUCUUCGGCCCACGUGCACAAGCGAGAAUGGACAAGCGAAAGGCCGAAGCUCUGAUGGACACGAAGAACAUCGCUGAAUACAUUCCACCUCGACCAAACGCAACCACUAUCGACGCUGUGUGCAAUACCACAUGGGUGACCCCUCUCUGUCUGCGUACCCUGUAUGGGGUAGCUGACUACACGCCUCAGUCAACCGACAAGAAUACAGUCGCAAUGAACAACUUUCUGGGUGAGGUUAGCAUACGAUCAGAUACUGCGCUCUACCUUCAGAACUUUCGACCUGAGGCUCUGGGUGCCGAGAACGAGUAUCCAGUCAUCUCAAUUAAUGGUGGAACAACCAAUACCGUGCUCAACCAGACAGAGCUAAAAGCACUCACUGGGAUUGAGGGAAAUCUGGACGACCAGACGCUGAUUGGUGUUGCAUGGCCGACACCGUUAGAGAUAUACUCAACAGGCGGAGAGCCUCCCUUCACUCCUGAUAUGACCACCCCAAAGAACACAAAUGAACCAUACCUUGUCUGGCUGGACUAUCUACUCUCAUUACCGGAUCCCUUACCUUCUGUCAUCUCCACCUCUUACGACGAUGAUGAGCAAACCGUACCUAAAGACUACGCUGUUCAGGUCUGCAAUGCUUUGGCACAACUUGGAGCUCGAGGCGUGAGCGUGCUCUUCGCAUCAGGCGAUGCUGGAGUUGGUGGUGCUGGCGAGUGCUACACGAACGAUGGUCGCAACGCAAGCACUUUCCUCCCGAAUUUCCCGUCGUCCUGUCCCUACGUCACCUCUGUUGGUGGAACAUACAAGUUCAAUCCCGAAGUUCCUGUCUUCCGCAAUCGCUCGACUGGCCUCUACACCGCUGGUGGCGGCGUCAGUUAUUACUUCUCAACUCCCGCCUAUCAAGUUGAAAGUCUCAUGACCUAUUUCGAGAAAACUGGCGUGGUUGAGAAAUAUGCUGGUCUUUUCGAUCCCAACGGGCGUGCCUAUCCUGAUCUUUCAGGCCAAUCGCUAAACUUCACAAUCUUCUAUAAUGGAACACUGCGACCUGUCAGUGGUACAAGUGCCUCGACGCCAGCUGUGUCUGGUAUUCUUGCUCUUGUCAACGACGCUUUGAUUGCUGCUGGUAAGCCUACUCUUGGCUUCCUGAAUCCGUGGCUGUAUAGUGGUGGAUACAAGGCUUUCAAUGAUGUUACUACCGGGUCAAACUAUGGUUGUAAUACAGAAGGCUUCCCUGCGGUUGAAGGAUAUGAUAUUGCGACCGGCUGGGGAACACCAAAUUUCAAGCAGAUUCUCGCACUGCGUGGUGUCGAAGUUGAUGGGGUGAAUGAAGUCUGGGAACAUUGGGAGUGA